AUGCGUGCCCGACGCGCCUCCUCCGCCCCCCUUUUCGUCGCCUGCGCACACACCGGGCUUGCUGGCGAGCAGGCGCCCGACGUGCCCGCUGCAGUGGGCCGGCUGCUGGGUGGCAUCGACGAGGCCGAGCGCAACCUGUCAACCGGCCUGCUCUCAAAGUUGCUGCUCGCCGCGCCGCCUGCCGCCGCCGCCGCCGCCGCUGAGGUCGUGCGCCAGCCGGGCGCGCUGCCCGGCCUGAUCGCCGUCGCGGGCGUGGACGCGUUCGCCUUCAUCGCGCUCAACACCUUUCAGCGACUCGUGCAGGCCGGCGUCGCCCCGGAGGACGUGGCGAGGGGCGUCGCCGCGGCGGGGGCGCGCGGCACCCUGCGGCGCAUCGCGAGCACGGCGGAGCGGCUGCUUUCCGAUGACCCCUGGAAAGAGAAGGAGUUUCUGCUGCUCACCAGCGGCCUCUCAACGCUGUGUCAGCACGAGCCUGCCGCCACGGCGGUGGCCGCAAACGCAGGGGUGGUGAGCGCGCUGAGGGGCGCGCUGCGCAGCGGCAGCCGCGCCGUGGAAGCGAUGAAACUGCUGCUCUCGCUCAAGACCAACGCUGCGGGCGCGCACGCAGCGGCGCCGCGGCGAGACGGAGGUGACCCCCGCGGCGCUGGUGGCAGCAGCGGCGGCGGCAGCGGCGCCGAAAACCUGCGCGACCCGCGGCUCUUGGCGGAGGUCGUGCGCGCCGCGGGGUCGGCGGACGCGACGUUGUCCCUGCUCGCCUUGCGCUUUAUAGGGCUUAUCGAUGAAAUGUGGUCGAUACCCCUGUUGGCUCCUGUCGCGGUCUCGGCCCUGCGGAAAUUCGACUUGCAACUCACAGAGAGCGUGGGCAUGAUGGUGUCUAUGUUCCCCACCGGCGCCGUCGCCCCCACGCUGCUGUCGCUCGGCGCCCCCGACGCCCUGCGCGCCGCCGCCGCGGCCGCCGUGCCGCACGUCGCCCGCGGCGCGGCGAAGGGUGGCGGCUCCUCGGACGGGAGCGACUGCGACCCUGAUCUCGACGCCGCAUGGACGGCCGCCUUCUGGGCGGCGCUCGCCGCCAUCAAGCUGCCGCGGGAGGCAGCUGCCAGCCACGCCCCUUGCGCGGGGCCGUCGUCCCCUGCGGACGCGCUGGCGUGGGCGCUCGAGCUCGUGUCGGGGUCGCUUUCCGGAGCGCGCGGCGCGCCGCACGCCGCGACGGCGCUGAACGCGAUGGCCUCUGUCCCGGGCGACGUCCUCAGGGCGCUCGCGCGCCACCCCGGGCUGCUGCUGGGUGUCGGCGCAUUCGUGGGCGCCUCUGAGGACGCAGAAUGUGUGGAGUCAGGGUUAGAGCUGGUCAGGACGAUGGCAGAGCUGGAAAAGGCGCCGCGCGCUGCGGGCGAAGCGGAGGGCGGCUGCGCCGCCGCUUGCAGCGGCGAGCCCGGCGGGCCGGGCGCCCUGGGGGAGCUGCGGCGGUGGCUGAGCAUGCUCGCGCGCGCGCCGGACAGGGCCGUCGCGUGGGAGGCUGCGGCGGGGCUUGCCGCGUUCGACACGAGCCGUCUGGGUGCGGGUAAAUUCAUUUCGGGCAGGGGCAGCAGCGACGGCGGCGACGGUGACGGCGGCAGGGGCGCCAGCGAAGGCCGCGGCGCCGUGGCCAGCAGUGGCGGUGGCAGCAGCGGGGAGGCCCCGGGGUCGGCUGGCGGCAGUACGUCGCAGCAGGUGACGGCUGCACUGUCUCCUCAGCGGAGAGGCAGGCCCAUCAGGUCGUGCUCUGUUUGCGGCCAGACAGAGGAGCAGCUGGGGCGGGCGCCCAAGGCCUGCGCCGGCUGCCGCAAAGUCAGGUACUGCGGCGAAGCGUGCGCCAGGGCAGCCUGGCCGGCGCACAAGAAGGAGUGCAAGGAGCAGCAGCAGCAGCCGCAGCAGCAGCAGCAGCAGCAGCAGCAGCAGCAGCAGCAGCAGCAGCAGCAGCAGCAGCAGCAGCAGCAAAAACAGCAGUCGCAGCCGCAGCAGGCUCAGCAGCAGCAGCAGCAGCAGCAGCAGCAGCAGCAGCAGCAGCAGUGA